AUGAACCAGGCCUUCUGGAAAACCUAUAAGUCCAAAGUGCUACAGACCCUGAGUGGGGAAUCUGAGGAAGAACUGGCAGAGGAGAGAGAGAACCCAGCAUUAGUGGAUUCCGAGAAGGCAGAACCAACUGAGGAGGCCUUCAAUCCCAUGUCACAGCUGGCCCGCCUGGUUCAAGGGGUUGGGGUGAAAAGUUGGCUGACAAUGUCAUCUCUGUUCAACAAAGAAGACGAGGACAAGCUGCUACCAACAGAGCCCUGUGCUGACCACCCGCUGGCGGCCAGUCCCCCAUCUCAAGCAGCAGCUGCCGAGCCGCGCGGACCGGGAUUCUGGGACGCAUUCGCCAGCAGGUGGCAGCAGCAGCAGGCGGCGGCGGCGUCCAUGCUGCGCGGCGCGGAGCCCACGCGGGAGCCGGACCCGGAACUCGGGAAUGAGGCCGCGGAGGAAGCCACCGAGCGCCCGGAGCCGCGUGAGGCCGAGCCGGUGGCCGGCUUCAAGUGGGGCUUCCUCAAACUGGCAGAGAUGAGGGUGAAGUCUGCGCCCAAGGGUGACUAGCCAGUAGGCCGAACUGGA